CAACGAGCGAAGGUUACAUCAACGGCGAUGUUGCAAGUCAAGCUGGACGUCGAACCUUAAGCUCCUUGUCAACGUCACCGCUCUCCAUCUGGAUUGCGACAUCGUCGUUAAUUAGCUGCAGUACAACAAAUGCGACAAAUGCUUUCGCUACAUAUACUCGAGCUCAUAACAACCACACGGCCAGUGACUCGCGUUACGGCCUACAACAACGUGCACGCCUGCAGACCUCCACUGUCAUGGUACCGCUUCAAUUCUACCUCCACCUCCACCUCCGAUCCAGCUGAGAAGGUUGCACCUGUUUUGCGGAAGGGUCCGUGGUCUGUUGAGGAGACCCGGAAAUUUGAGGACUAUAUUGAGAGCAAUGGACAGAUGAACGCUUCCUGGGAAGAUAUCAAUUGGGAAGAGGUUGCGAACAGCGUUGGGACCCGCACAGUGCGACAAUGCCAAGAGAAAUGGCGCAAAACAUCCCACAACCCCCUCUCCCCCACUACAUAUACUCCCUGGACCAUUGAGGAGAAAAAGAUUCUCAAAAAAGCCUAUGAAGUAUAUGGCAACAAUUGGAGUUUGAUUGAACGAUUGCGUUUGCUUCCAGGGCGAAGCGCGUCUAACAUGAUGUACCGGUUUCAUGAUUGCGGCUUGGAGGGAACAGAGUACACAAACGGACGCUUCACGGAGGAGAUGCUGAGAAAGAUCCAGAAGUUGUUGGAUGACUCUGAUGGGAAAUAUCACCAUAGUAACGGGGACAUCAAAUGGAUAAUACUUGUCAAAGACAACUUUCCAGGCUGGUCACGCCGCACCAUAAUUAACGAAUACCGGCGGCUCUGCGUCACUGAGGUAAGCUCCCGACAGGGUCCAUGGUCCGAAGAUGAAACAAAGAGGCUUUGGUGUGCUGUUGAAAAAUACCUUGAUAAACCUACAAUGACAAAAGUUGAGCAAUGGGCCGCAAUCACUAAAGAGGUAGGCACGCGAACUCCUUCCAAGUGCCGGCAAAAAUGGAAGAGCCUUGAAUCGUUACAACACAAGGCAACCGCCGACGACGACAAACCAUCACUACGUGCACGCUGGUCACAUGACCAAACCCUCCACCUUCUCUCCCUCGCCCAAAAACACAGCCUAAAUUGGCCACUCAUUGCUGCGGACAUGGCCUCAGCACCUGAGGAAAAGAAUCGCAGAUUCACUAACGUUAACAGCUGUUGUGGUAGAUUUUGGCGUAUGAUAAACUUGAAACGAGGGCAACUGGAGCCGGAGCUGGACCAUCAUUUAAGGCAUUGUUUGGAGAGCCUUGGGAUGACACAUAUCUUGAGCCAGGCAAAGGGGUCGGGGCCGGGGAAGAGAGAGCAUCAGAAACCCAUGUACAUGCUCGGGCGCAGGAUUAGAGAAGCUGAUGUGGAGGGGGAGUAGCAGGUUGGGGAGGCCAUCAAGAUGUCUUGAAGAGAAUUAGGAGAACGAUUGAAGACAAUGAUGCUCCGUGCAGCUGCUUCUUGACGAGAGAGGAACCGAGCAUGAGAGGGAGAAGGUGAACGAGGAGGGACAAAGUACAGAAGGUGCGGGAGAUGGUGAGGUCACCAAACUUGCGGGGCUUGGGGCCUCGGAGGCAAACGAGAAUCUGGCAAGGGUGGAUGGUGUGACGUUCAACCUUCCCAGGCAGGUUCAUGUGCCUAGGUACUUGUUGUAUGUGCGAUCUAACCGCUGACACCUGUGUACUCACUUGACCAUGAAAAUGAAAUUACUCAUAUAUUCCACUUCCUUCCGUUCCUUAAAACUCUGACCCCUCCGC